AUGUUUCAAAUUUUCAAGCAGCAGAACAAACGUAAAGCAAUUGAUUGCGAUUCUCUUAUAGAAAAAAGGAAGAAAAAAAUCAAAAAAACAUUUGUAUUCAUGGAAAGGAGAAAAGUAAAGAAUAUUAAAUUCAACAAGCACAAAAAUCUGAAUAAAGAACAAGAAACACAAGAAAUGAAUUAA